GGUAGCGCCGCGCCGGUGUCGUCGCCACCGCGGCGGGGGUAAUGCAUGCGGUGGCACCGGGGCUGCUGCGGUUGUUCCAGCUGCCGUGAUGAGGCUGAGGAGCUCGCGGGCGGUGGCGGUGGGGGCGGCGGCCGUACUGGGGGUGGUGGUGCUGCUGCAUUGGGCGGGGGGCGGCGGCGUGCACGCGGCCACGGCGGCGGAGAAGGGGGUGCUGCUCGAGUUCAAGGCCGCCGUGAAGGACCCGAACGGCGCGCUCGCGUCGUGGACGGCGGGGGGUGACCCCUGCGUGGACUUCGCCGGGGUCACGUGCGACCCGUCGUCCCGGGCCGUGCAGCGCUUGCGGCUCCACGGCGCGGGCAUCGCCGGGGAGCUGACCCCGUCGCUGGCGCGGCUGGCGGCGCUCGAGUCCAUCUCGCUCUUCGGCAACAGCCUCUCCGGCGGCAUCCCCUCCAGCUUCAGCGCGCUGAGCGGCACGCUCCACAAGCUCAACCUCAGCCGCAACGCCCUCUCCGGCGAGAUCCCGCCGUUCCUCGGCGCGUUCCCGUGGCUCCGGCUGCUUGACCUCUCCUACAACGCCUUCUCCGGUGAGAUCCCCGCCUCGCUCUUCGACCCCUGCCUCCGCCUCCGGUACGUCUCUCUCGCGCACAACGCCCUCACGGGGCCCGUCCCGCCCGGCAUUACCAACUGCUCGCGCCUCGCGGGGUUCGACUUCUCCUACAACCGCCUCUCCGGCGAGCUCCCGGACCAGCUCUGCGCGCCGCCGGAAAUGAACUACAUCUCCGUCCGAAGCAACUCGCUCUCCGGCGCAAUUGCCGGAAAGCUCAACGCUUGCCGGAGCAUUGACCUGCUCGACGUCGGGAGCAACCAUUUCUCCGGAGCGGCCCCUUUCGGCCUUCUUGGCCUGGUAAACAUAACCUACUUCAACGUCUCGUCCAACGCCUUCGAUGGUGAAAUCCCCAACAUUGCAACGUGUGGUAGCAGAUUCUCCUACUUUGAUGCCUCCGGGAACCGGCUCACCGGGCCAGUGCCGGAGAGCGUGGCCAGUUGCCGCAGCCUGAGAGUUUUAGAUUUGGGGGCAAAUGCUCUUGCUGGAGAUAUACCACCAAGUAUUGGGGCAUUGAGGUCACUUUCAAUGCUCAGGUUGGCAGGCAAUGCAGGCAUUGCCGGAUCAAUCCCUGCCGAGCUUGGAGGAAUGGAGAUGCUUGUCACACUUGACCUCGCUGGCCUUGCUCUUGCCGGAGGCAUUCCGGGGACCCUGAGCCAAUGCCAAUUCUUGCUUGAGCUGAACUUGUCUGGCAACCAAUUAGAGGGAGCAAUCCCGGAUACUUUCAACAACUUGACUUACCUCAAGAUACUAGAUCUUCACAAGAACCGCCUUGUAGGGGGCAUUCCAGUGACACUUGCGCAGCUCACAAACCUUGAUCUUUUAGACCUCUCACAGAACCAACUGACUGGACCAAUUCCUUCAGAGCUUGGAAAUCUCUCUAAUCUGACCCAUUUCAAUGUGUCCUUCAAUGGACUCUCAGGAAGGAUCCCUGCCUCGCCAGUUCUGCAGGGUUUUGGUAGGUCUGCCUUCAUGGGUAACCCAUUGCUAUGUGGACCGCCACUAAACAAUCUGUGUGGAGCAAGCCGGAGGGCGAAACGAUUGGCUGUGUCUGUCAUAAUUGUUAUAGUCGCUGCGGCGCUUAUACUUAUUGGUGUUUGCACUGUUUGCGCUAUGAACAUUAAGGCUUACAUGAGAAGGAGUAAAGAGGAGCAAGAGGGGAAGGAGGAAGAUGAGGUGCUGGUGUCUGAGAGCACACCGAUGCUUGCAUCUCCAGGUACACAAGGCUCAAAUGCCAUUAUUGGAAAGUUGGUGCUUUUCAGCAAGAGCUUGCCUUCAAGGUAUGAAGAUUGGGAGGCAGGAACUAAGGCACUUCUUGACAAAGACUGCCUUGUUGGUGGUGGGUCUGUUGGUACAGUUUACAAGGCCACCUUUGAGAAUGGUUUAUCCAUUGCUGUGAAGAAAUUGGAAACACUGGGAAGGGUGAGAAGCCAGGAUGAGUUUGAGCAGGAGAUGGGCCAGCUUGGUAAUCUUAGCCACCCCAAUCUGGUUGCCUUUCAGGGCUACUACUGGUCAUCCUCAACACAAUUGAUUCUGUCAGAAUUUAUGGUCAACGGGAGUUUGUACGAUCACCUUCACGGGAGUCAUCAUACAUUUUCUGGAAACAGCACCGGAGUCGGUCUCUCAUGGCAGCAGAGGUUCAAGGUUGCACUUGGAACAGCACGAGCACUUGCAUACCUUCACCAUGACUGCCGACCACAAGUCCUGCAUCUCAACAUCAAGUCCUCCAACAUAAUGCUAGAUAAAGAAUAUGAGGCCAAAUUGUCUGACUAUGGAUUUGGAAAGCUGUUGCCCAUUCUAGGUAGUUACGAAUUGAGUAGAUUACAUGCUGCCAUUGGGUACAUUGCCCCAGAGUUAGCAUCUCCAAGCUUGAGAUAUAGUGACAAGAGUGAUGUAUUUAGCUUUGGUGUGGUGUUGCUUGAGAUUGUGACAGGGAGGAAACCCGUGGACAGCCCUGGGGUGGCAACAGCAGUGGUUCUGCGUGAUUAUGUCAGAGUGAUAUUGGAGGAUGGGACUGUGUCGGACUGCUUUGAUCGGAGCAUGAGAGGAUUUGUUGAGGCUGAAUUAGUCCAAGUGCUCAAAUUAGGUCUGGUAUGCACUUCAAACACACCUUCUGGCCGACCAAACAUGGCAGAGGUGGUACAGUACCUGGAGACUGUUAGAACUUAUUCAUGAUCUUCUGACGUCAUGGUACAGUAGCAGAAUAGGAUGUUAAAACAGGAAAAUGUUUUCUGGUUUUUGAACAGACUAUCACAUUGUUUUUAUUCUUUAUUGUGUCCCCAGUUUUAUUUGUAAAAUGUAGAUUUCCAGCUGAAUAAGUGGUUAUUUUGAUCAAAUUAACAAACUCUGUGUUUUUUGGGGUGCUCCCUAGACCCCCUCUUUCUUACUAUGGGAAAUGCAAAUGUAAGAUCAACCACUCUGAAUUGAGUACCUCUUUCUGCAUGUCUGAGCUAAAGAGGAGUUAGUAGUUGGUACUGUCUAAUAGUGUGUCAAGCUUGCAGGGUAGCAAAGGAUCAGUUGAACAAGAGCAUUGUGGUGCAGGAGCAGCUCAUCUAAACCACCUGCUCUCUCCUACUUAUAUCAGCGGUGCCUGAAAGAUCUACAACUCAAAUUCCAUUCUGAAACCACACAUCCAUAAUGGAUGACCUUGAGAUGUCUGAAUUCAACCCAAGGGAAGAACGUGUCAAGCAGCAGAUUUCAGUCCCAUUUCUCUGGGAGGUGAAGCCUGGAGCGCCGAAAAAGGACUGGGCAAUUUCCAAUCCAGUGCCAUCAGCCAUCUCAUGCCCAUCUCCAGCGAAGCUUGUCGUCAGCGUGCCAUUCCAGUGGGAAGAAAAACCCGGGAAGCCUCUCCAAGAUUCAUCUCCAUUUCAUCCUCUGUUUGAUCAUGCUGGGUUUUUUGUGUCUCCUUCCUCGCUAAACCCUUUCUUGGCUGAAAGUGAGGAAGAAUAUUCUCUAGGGUUUGAUCUGGAAGCAUUCGGUUUUCCGGACAGCAAGGAAGCAUCUGGAACUGCAGAAUGCCCAGGUGGUUCCAGUCGCCAUGGCACAUGGUACUCAUUUUCAGAGACAGAAGCUUACAGCAACUCUAGUGGAGACACUUCAGCUCAAGAUUUUCAUUUCCCGCGGGUACCAUCAGAGAAAAGCUGGGAGGUUGCUAACGACAAUGAACAGCUGAAGAAUCCGUGGAGUCCUCCCAAGAGCAAAUUUACACUGGAAGAGCUUAUGAUGCUUAGCCGCAAAUUGGGCUGCGGGCAAGGGAUGCCAGUUGAUGUCAGACAGAAGAGCCUCUCCCUCUCAUCAACGGAACUCAUCAAGAAGUUUUUAAUUGUGUGUUCUUAGCUGCAACCUGCAAGGCACCAUGGUUGCGGCACAUGGACGAACUGUACUGUGUGCACGUGAGAUCCAUAAUUGAGCAAGUUUAGCAAGGUGUGGCUUGUUCCAAGUGUAAAAGCAUUAGUUGUCCUGGUGUUUGUACUGCCGUGCCGCGAAUAUUGUGAGCAAUUUUCGUCUUGUGUUCAGAGAGAAAACUCUGAACUGUCUUUUCUUCCCUGGAUUUCUUUUGGUGAAAGCACUGGAAAUAAAGUUGGCAAGCGUUUAUAAAAGAAGCUGAAACGAUUAUUGUGAUUUGUGGGGAGUAGUUCAUGCACACAAAAUA